GAUAUUCCUAUAUUUCUUUUAUUUAAAGCCCUUAGUAUAUAAACAGAGAAAAAAAUGAUGGAGUAUAUUUUUUAUGACCUAAAAGAUAAAAAUAAUGCCGGAAUGAUGGAAAUGUUAAGAGAAUCUCUUCUUUUAGCCUCAAAAUGUAAACAUUAAGAAUCCGCACUAUAAUAUAUAGGACUAAGAAUUAAAUCUUCUAACAGAAGUGUUUCUAGAUAAGAAUCUAUUAAAAUUGCAAAAGAAGUACUUUGUUAAUAUUUAUUACCUCAUGUAGGUCUUGAUGAAAAAUCAUUUAAUUAAAAAGCUUUUUUUGUAGGAUAUAUGAUAUAAAAAUUAUUAAAUGCUGCUUUAGGAAAAACUUCAGAAGAUGACCGUGAUCAUUAUGGUAAAAAAAGAUUAGAUAUGGCAGGCACUUUAAUGAGUUAAUUAUUUAAAGAAAGACUUCGUUUAUUCCUUCGUAGAGCUAAAAAUUAACUUUAAGAAAAGAUAAAUAAGACCCUUCGAGAACCUGACAAUGAAUUUUCUUUACGAGAAGACAUAUUUGACCACCGUCUUAUUUCUGACUCUUUGAGACUUGCUCUAGCAACUGGAAAUUGGGGCUAAACUGCCGACGGAGAAGUGGCUAAAACUGGCGUGGCUUAAGUUUUGAAGAGAGAUACUUCCUUAUUUGCUACGAUGUCUCAUAUGAGAAGAGUAAAUGCCCCAAUGAAGAGUGCAGCUAAACUAGCAAAACCUAGAUAACUUCAUAAUACACAUUAUGGGCUUAUUUGUCCUGCAGAAACACCAGAAGGAUAGAAAAUAGGGAUGGUAAAAAAUAUGGCUUUAAUGGCUUAGGUUUCUUUAGGAUUCUCAGAAGGUGAUAAUAAAAACUUUUUGGAGUUUUUGGAAAGUUUCUAAGAAGAAGUUAAGCCUUUUGAUAUUUCAUAAAUUUCAUUUGAUGAUAUUCCUAAAUUAACUAAAGUUUUCUAUAAUGGAAAUUGGUUUGGUUUUACAGAUAAACCAGAUGAUUUAGUUAGUUUUAUUAAAAAAACUAGAACUAGUUAAGAACUUAAAGGACUUUCAGUUGUUCGAGAUAUCAUAAAUAAAGAAAUUAAAAUAUAUACAGAUAGUGGAAGAUGUAUGAGACCUUUAUUUAUUGUAGAAAAUUAUUAAACUCGUCAAUUAAAAAUAACAAAAUAAGAUAUAAAUAAAUAUAUAUAGAUUCAAGAAGAGAAAAUAAAUUCUGGUGAUGUAAAAGAAUAUAAACUUUUUUCUGAAUUCUGUAAGGAAGGAUUUAUUGAAUUUCUUGAUGUAGAAGAAGAAGAAGGAGCAAUGAUCGCUAUUGACAUUAACGAUUUUUAUCAAACCGAAAAAUUGAGAAAAGAUUUGCCUUUUACACAUUCCGAAAUUCAUCCAGCCAUGAUUUUAGGUGUAUGUGCUUCAAUUAUUCCAUUUGGUCAUCAUAAUUAGGGGCCAAGAAAUACUUUAUAAUCAGCUAUGGGAAAAUAAGCUAUGGGACUUAAUUCUACUAAUUUUAAUUUAAGAGUCGAUACACUUGUUCAUAUUUUAUAUUAUCCUUAAAUUCCUUUGGCUUCAAGCAAAUCUAAUGAUUAUAUAUGUUCUAAAAGUAUUCCUUUUGGUAUAAAUGCUAUUGUAGCUAUUGCUUGCUUUACUGGUUAUAAUUAAGAAGAUUCUAUUAUAAUGAACUAAAGUUCUAUUGACAGAGGUUUAUUUAGAUCUGCCUUUUUUAGGACAUAUAAGACUUAAGAAAAAAAAGAAGAAAUGGGAGCUUUUUCAAUAAAAGAAACAAUAUGCUUUCCUGAUUAAAAUAAAACAGUAAUUCCUAAUAGUAAUUCUUUCUUAAAACUAGAUUAUGAUGGAAUUAUACCGCCAGGAACAUAAGUAACUGGAGAUGAUAUUUUAGUGGGAAAAGUAGUUGAGCUUCCUGAAAGUUAAGAUUUUAAAUCCAAAAACUUUAAAUAAUUUAAGGACGUAUCUUUAUGUUCUAGACGUUCAGAAAUAGGAUACGUUGACACAGUAAUAUUAAGUGAGGAUAAAGACGGUUUUUAUAUUGUAAAAGUCAAGCUUAGAUCUAAUAGAAUCCCACAAAUAGGAGAUAAGUUUGCCUCAAGACAUGGUCAAAAAGGUACUGUAGGAAUGACUAUUAGAGGAGAAGAUAUGCCUUUUAAUAUAUAAGGUAUCCCCGCCGAAUUAAUUAUUAAUCCUCACUGUAUUCCUUCUAGAAUGACUAUAGGACAUAUGAUAGAAGGCUUAAACUCCAAACUUUCAGCCCUCAAAGGUAUAUGGGGAGACGCUACUCCCUUCUCAGGUCUAAAACUUUAAGAUAUAGCAUCUGAAUUACAUACACAUGGCUAUUAAAAAUACGGAAACGAGGUCUUAUAUAACCCUUAUACAGGUUCCAGACUGACUACCUAAAUAUACUUCGGACCCACCUAUUAUUAAAGACUAAGACAUUUAGUAGAUGAUAAAAUGUACUCAAGAGCAAGAGGACCAGUUGUAGCUAUUACUAGAUAACCCACACAUGGUAGAUCCAGAGGGGGGGGACUUAGAUUUGGUGAAAUGGAAAGAGAUUGUAUUAUAGCACAUGGCACUAGUAAUUUUUUAAAAGAAAGAACUUUUGGUGUUUCUGAUUAAUAUAGAGUUCAUGUGUGUUCAGAAUGCGGACUAAUUGCAAGUGCUAAUUUAACAGAUCAUUAAUAUAUUUGUAAAGGUUGUUAGGAAAGUAGUGAUUAGAAAAAAAAGAAUAGUUAUAAAAUUGUUUAGGUGUUUUUACCUUAUGCAGCUAAGUAACUUAUUUAAGAACUUAUGGCUAUGCAUAUUGUGCCUAGGAUUAUGGUUAAAAUUAAUAAGAAGAAUUAUGUUUGAUAUUUUUUUUAUUAAUAACAAUCUUAUAUUUAAUUAUAUUUUUUUUAAUUUUAUUAUAUUGUAUUUUAAUAUUAUUAUAAAAAUAUUUUA